CAUUCCUUUUCAUCGGACUCAUCCGCUUGAACCACCAUUUCUUAACGAACAAAUUUGCAGGGAAAAAAGCACAGCAGAAAAGAUAACCCCCAUUAACACAACUCCAAACUUUCAAAGAGAGAGCGAUGGGGGCGAUAACAAGCGCAGUGAUAGCAAUAGCGGGGGUGGUGCUGGGCUGGAUCGCCAUCGAGAUCGCCUGCAAGCCCUGCCUGGACCAGGGCCGCACCGCCAUCGACCGCUCUCUCAACCCAGAUUACGACCCCGACGACGACGUUUCCUCCAACAUUCGCGCCCCUCUCAACCCCACCUCCGAUUUUCAAGAGAUCCUCGCCGAUCCAACGCCCCCCGUUGCUUCUUCAGCUCCCGUCAAGGCCGUUUGAUCACUUAACUCAUCGCCCCUCUUCUUCUCUGGUAUUUUCCAAACCGCCACCAUACAGUUUAAAGGAAAGGAAAUGAAAAGGUUUUCGCGUGUGUGUGUGUGUAUCUAAUGUUUUUUGUGAGUUUGAGACGCUGGUUGCUGACAUGAAUUGUUGGACUUCUGUUGUUGUGAAUGAAUCAGAGAUUGUUGCUUACAUGUUCGUUGUUUUGCCAAUUGUAUGAAAAAUGUCAAGACUGAUUCUAUAAGAGAAGCUUUUUUUUAUAAAUUUGAUUGUUGCUGCCAAUGUUA